AUGCAGGAACAGCCGAACGAUGGAGACCGUGACAUACGAACUAGAAGAGACGAAUACUACGAUAUGGGAGCAAAUCCAAAAGGCAUCUGUUUAAUUAUUAAUAAUGAAUGUUUUAAAAAUAGCCCCACCCGAAAAGGUAGCGCAAAGGACGUGGAAAAACUGAAAUGUUUGUUCGAAAAACUCGACUUCAUGGUGGAAAUCAAAGAGAAUCUGAAGAGCUCGGAUUUGUUAGAGGAGCUGAAAUCCGUAUCUGUUGUUGGCGUUAAACCGGAGCACAACUGUUUUGUUUGCUUUAUUUCCUCGCAUGGAGUCAGAGUCCAUUAUUGGCACAGACGAGGAGCUGGUUUCGAUAUCGAAAAUCAAAGAGUUCUUUUCUGCCUCACAGUGUCGUGCCUUGGUGGGAAAACCAAAAAUAUUUUUCGUUCAGGCAUGCCGAAAUGA